GGAAGUGACGCCAGACGUACCGGAAGUCCCUCCAGUUGCGGUGUUGUGCUGUGGGGAAGGGAGAGACGGAUUUGUAAACCCCAGAGCGAGCUUCUACCUACCCGAAGCCGCUACUGUGCGGAGACCCGGCGUGAAGCCGCCCAUCACCAUGUCUGAUCAGGAGGCAAAACCUUCAACUGAGGACUUGGGGGAUAAGAAGGAAGGAGAAUAUAUUAAACUCAAAGUAAUUGGGCAGGAUAGCAGUGAGAUUCACUUUAAAGUGAAAAUGACUACGCAUCUCAAGAAGCUCAAAGAAUCAUACUGUCAAAGACAGGGAGUUCCAAUGAAUUCACUCAGGUUUCUCUUUGAAGGUCAGAGAAUUGCUGAUAAUCACACUCCAAAAGAAAAUAUUUACUUCUGUGAUGUAGUUUUCAGUGGAAACAAUGCUGGUUUUGAUCGUGACCUGCCUGCUGCAGUGCUCUGCAGCGUUAGCUGCAUUCCAGUAUCAACAGAUUGACGCUGGGAAUGGAGGAAGAAGAUGUGAUUGAAGUUUAUCAGGAACAAACAGGGGGUCAUUCAAUGGCUUAGAUAUUCUUUUUAUUAUUAUUUUUUUCUUCUCCCUCAAUCCUUUUUUAUUUUUGAAAAUAGUUCUUUUGUAAUGUGGUGUUCAAAACAGAAUUGAGAACUGGCACCCCACCUCUUUAAAACACCUGAUAAUUUGAAUUCUAGUGCCCAUUCAUUUUCAUUGUGCUGACUUUUGGUGAUCAAACCUCAGCCCCUUCAUAUUGCCCUCUUCUUUUUUUAAAAAUUAACGUGUGCACAGAGAGGCCACCUUUUCUAGGACUGUGCAUUUUCAGGUUUGUGAUAAGAUCGACCAAUCCAAGUAUUCACAAUGACUUUCCAAUUGACCUUGAAAUUCUAGUGUGUGAUUGCUUCACUCCUGGACUAUGACUUUCAGUUGGAGAUGGAAGUUUUCAGAGAACUGAACUGUGGAAAAUGACUUUUCCUUAACUUGAAGCUACUUUUAAAAAUCUGAGGGUCUGGACCAAAAGAAGCGGAAUAUCAGGUUGGAUAUGAAAUGACAGAUGUGAGAGUACUAACUCCAGAGAUGGCUUCACUGAAGAAAGCAUUUUAAGAGUAAAGGAAAAUCUUGUCAGAAGAUCCCAGAAAAGCUCUAAUUUUCAUUAGCAGUUAAAGUUAUUCAUGCAGAAGUGUAUACAACAGAACACUGCUCUUUUUGGUUUUAUUUGUACUUUUUGGCCUGGGAUAUGGGUUUUAAAUGGACAGUGUCUGUACCAGCUUCAUUAAAAUAAACAAUAUUUGUAAAAAUCUUA